ACAUAAUUGAUUUGACAUAAAUUUUGACGCAAGUAUUUUGGCAUGUUUUCUAUUGAUUUUAUACGUCAUACGACCAAGAAUCUCAAGACACGACAUUAAAGCGAAAAAAUAUAACCCGUGUUAUGAAAUAAUAUCCAAUGAAAUUUUAAGAAAAGUAAUAAAACCAACAGCCAUAUGGCUACAAAAACAAUAGCUAGCGCCACAGUGCGCGCCGUUAAGAAAAGAGUAUUGCCUUCACGAGCUGCACUAGUUUUAACUCCAUCGGCAGUAAAUAAAGUUAAAGAAAUUAUGCAAAAAGAAGCAGCCAAAGGAUAUAUAGGUCUCAAAGUUGGAGUCCGCCAAAGGGGAUGCAAUGGACUCUCGUACACUUUGGAUUAUGCAAAAAAUAAAGAUAAACUAGAUGAGGAAGUGAAACAGGAUGGUGUAACUAUUAUAAUAGACAAAAAGGCUCAGUUGACAUUACUAGGAACUGAAAUGGAUUAUGUGGAAGAUAAACUAUCAGCUGAAUUUGUAUUUAAUAACCCUAAUAUAAAAGGCACAUGUGGCUGUGGAGAAUCAUUUAGUAUAUAAAAAAGGAACAUAUGUAAUGUCAUAAGCCCAAUUAAAUUAUGUAGUGAAUAUGUAACAUAUAUUGCACAAAUGCAAUACUUGUAUAUAUAUUAUAUAUUUGAUGAGACCAUACCCACAAAAAUUACAAUAUGUUUAUUAAAACAUUUCCCUUUAAAUUACAAAUAUAUAGUGUGCCAUUUCUAUGAUCUAAUGGAUCUGUUGCAAGCGGUGCUAAAUUCUGUGAGAAAAGUUUUGUUUUGCAACAUACAUGUGCCUAAUUUGCCUUAGAAUUUGAACUGUGAAAAUAAAUUAUUUAUCAGUGUGACCAUUUUAUAAGUUCUAUGAAUGUUUAAAGAUUUUGUUAUAAAAAAUAUAUAAGGCACAAAACCUUGCUUAUUAUUACCACAAAUUUACAAGAUGUUAUUAAAUUUAAAUUGAUUGACCAGGGAUUAUCAUGGGCUGAAAUUUACACUAGGUUUCACUUUCAUUAUGACAUUACUCGUCUUUAUUAUCAUGUAUGAUUUGAUCAUAAAUUCAUUAAUGUACAGUAGAUUUUAGUUAUUGAAAUUGUUAUAUUAAUAGUUCAUUAUUUUUAUGAGUAUUUUAGUAAUUAUAUAUGUACACAUUACAUGUACUUAGAUGAUUAUGGAUUAUUUUCUUAUAAUUUUCAUAUUCCUGGCUAAACAAUAUUAUGAUAAUAUUUUAUGUGAAGCAAUAAACCAGACAUAAGAUAUG